AUGGGAGCAGAAGCGCCACGAAAAGAGGAACUGGCUUCUCAAACCUCUAUCGCCCAGGCCGCUCGAAACGUAGGGUGGUCCUUAUUACGGCUGGUCGCUGGCCAAGCCGAUGCAGCGGUUGUAUCGCCAAUAUCAGUUAUCAUAGCCCUUGCUAUGCUAGCCGGGGCAGCAGACCCUCAUCGCCAAUCGCAAUUGCAUCAGAAGCUGGAUGUUACUGAAUCCUUGGAGGCAGAUGUCUCGACUCUAUACACGAGCCUCGCGCCUCUGGCUCGACAGGACCUUAUAUCACUAGCCAACGCCGUGUUCGUUGAUCAGUCCGUUGCACUUGCUCCUAUGUACAAGAAAUUCGGCAAAGGAUAUCAACUCCAUAACACGCGAGGCCAAAUCAAUGGCUUCCUCAGCUCCCGGACCUUGCGCAAUUCCCAUGUCGUUCUUGCCAACGCUACGGCCUUUAGAGCCGCAUGGAAGACCAAGUUUGAUCCGGCGAAUACAGUUCCAAGAUAUUCCUUUCACCUAGAGAAUGGGAUCGUUCGCGAAACAGAGAUGAUGUUUCUUUACAAUACAGAUGUUGAAAUAGAAUCCAGCAGCAAUUACACAGCGGUUCGGCUUUCGUAUACUACAGGAUCAGACUCUUCACCGUCAGCCUUGGUCGCAUGGCUGCCUGAACCUGGAGUCACAGUUGGAUCCCUCCUCGAAGAACUUUCUAUGAAGCAGCCAGGAAGUCUUGCGUUCCGUCGUGGUAAAUUGAGUAAGUUCGGAUUUCCAAAGUUCAACAGCAGAAGUAAGAUCUCGCUGCUCAACGAGCUGGAAAGACUUGGAUUUCCGAUCAAGGGCAACUAUCCUGCAAUGGGGUCAGGACCCACUGAGAUCACAGCCAUGAUUCAUGAAACUUUUGUUAGGGUUGAUGAGGAGGGAACUGAAGCGGCAGCGAUAACUGCUAUCUUAAUUCCCCGGAAACGUCCUAAAGCGAUUAAAGAGGAGGUCCUAGUAUUUGAUAGGCCGUUCCUGUAUAUGAUUGAGGCUGGGGCAGAUCGGUAUACAAUUAUAUGCGGCGUGUUCUCAGUCCCUGAAUGA